AUGCUGCAGGAUAAGGGCCUGUCGGAGAGCGAGGAGGCCUUCCGGGCCCCGGGCUCGGCGCUCGGCGAGGCCAGCGCCGCCAACGCCGCCAACGCUGCCAACGCCCCCGAGCCCGCGCUGGCCGCGCCGGGCCUCAGCGGAGCCGCGCUUGGCAGCCCCCCGGGCCCUGGUGCCGACGUCGCCACCGCUGCCGCCGCGGAGCAGACUAUCGAGAACAUCAAGGUGGGCCUGCAUGAGAAGGAGCUCUGGAAGAAGUUCCACGAGGCGGGCACCGAGAUGAUCAUCACCAAGGCGGGCAGGAGGAUGUUCCCCAGCUACAAGGUGAAGGUCACAGGCAUGAACCCCAAGACCAAGUACAUCCUGCUGAUCGACAUCGUCCCUGCAGAUGACCACCGCUACAAGUUCUGUGACAACAAAUGGAUGGUGGCAGGGAAGGCGGAGCCGGCCAUGCCCGGAAGGCUCUACGUCCACCCAGAUUCUCCCGCCACGGGGGCCCAUUGGAUGCGGCAGCUGGUCUCCUUCCAGAAGCUGAAGCUGACAAACAACCACCUGGACCCCUUCGGCCAUAUCAUCCUCAACUCCAUGCACAAGUACCAGCCGCGGCUACACAUCGUGAAGGCUGAUGAGAACAAUGCUUUUGGCUCCAAAAACACAGCCUUCUGUACCCACGUGUUCCCAGAGACUUCCUUCAUCUCUGUGACCUCCUACCAGAAUCACAAGAUCACACAGCUGAAAAUUGAGAACAACCCUUUUGCCAAGGGAUUCCGGGGCAGUGACGACAGUGACCUGCGUGUGGCCCGGCUGCAGAGCAAAGAAUAUCCCGUGAUCUCCAAAAGCAUCAUGAGGCAGAGGCUCGUCUCCACCCAGCUGUCAUCCAAGCCUGACGUCAGCCCCCUGCACGGGGCUCACCAGGCGCUCCAGCACUACCAGUAUGAGAACGGGGCUCACAUGCAGUUCGCCGCGGCAGAGCCCCAGGACCUUCCCCUCAACACCUUCCCAGCCCAGAGGGACUCCAGCCUCUUCUACCACUGCCUGAAAAGACGAGCAGACAGUGCCCGCCACCUGGACUUGCCCUGCAAGCGAUCCUAUCUGGAAGCUCCCUCCACCGUGGGGGAGGAUCACUAUUUCCGUUCUCCCCCUCCCUACGACCAGCAGAUGCUGAGCCCCUCCUACUGCAGCGAGGUGGCCCCACGAGAAGCCUGCAUGUACUCAGGUUCAGGGCCCGAGAUUGCCGGGGUGUCCGGGGUGGACGACUUGCCCCCACCCCCACUGAGCUGUAACAUGUGGACGUCAGUGUCGCCAUACACGAGCUACAGCGUUCAGACCAUGGAGACCGUACCUUAUCAGUCCUUCCCCACGCACUUCACCGCCACCACUAUGAUGCCCCGGCUGCCCCCCAUUUCGGCUCCGAGCUCCCAGCCGCCGGGGAACGCCCACUUCAGCGUCUACAAUCAGCUCUCACAGUCUCAGGUCCGAGAGCGGGGGCCCAGCGCCUCCUUCCCGAGGGAGCGCGGCCUCCCCGGCGCCGUGUGCGAGCGGAAGCCGCCCUCUCCGCACCUGAAUGCGGCCAACGAGUUUCUCUACUCGCAGAGCUUCUCCCUGUCCCGGGAAGCCUCCUUGCAGUAUCAUUCAGGAAUGGGGACUGUCGAGAACUGGACCGACGGAUGA